GGAAAGUGCUACCGUGCGUACCUUCUGCUUCAUGGACCUUCCAUUGACCUUCUGAAUGCUUCUUUUCUCGCUUACGCCCGAUCCUCCCGCGUCGUCAGCUCUUCGGCCUCUUCUGGGAAUCACCUGAUCACUUGUUCUCAGGUUGUGCAACUGCCCGGUGCGCCGCAUCAGUCUCCCAGCGCAGGGCAGCCAAUUGCCGCUUCCAGAAGAAUCUCGACGUCGACAGUCGACUUCGCCCGAUUGCUGUCCAGGCGGCAGGCAUCACUUGGGAGCAUCCUGAGCCAGAUUCUUGCAUCGGGACUGGCAGAUGUCGAACAGCAAUCAUGCCUCCGCCGAAAGGCUGGAUACCAAUCUCCCAGCUCACCUGCGCGAGGACAUCACUAGCAUUCCGGUGACCCCUUCAGAGGAGUCCUACUCCCGCCCAAGCACGGGCUCUGGUCAUCCGCCACGCCAUAUUCUCGAAGCCGUUGGUGCCGACAGACCACAGGAGUAUUUUGCAGAUCGAGCGGGUUCAGCCAACGCACCUCGUGGCGCUCACCAAGCCGCAACUGGAGCGAGGACUGGUGAAGACCUUCUCCGUCGCUUGAGUCUCACGGGAUCACAGUCAAAGCCCGAUCUUGGUGGCAUCGAUCCCCGUACAGCCCAUCCGGGACUGGGAUUGAGUGGCAACAUCAUUAGUGCGACCUUCGCUGUACCAUACAAGGUGGGCUAUACUGCCUCGGGAGAAUGGGAACUCAAAUCGCGGAGAGGAACCUCCGCCCUCUUUGACUCGUUUUCGUGGCUCGCGUCCGAGGAAUCUCCCUGGAAACACACUCUCGUAGGCUGGACCGGAGAGAUCGAUCGCGUGUUCCAUCGCAAAGAUGACGAUCAUUCUGCAGGGACAAACGGCAUUACUUCGAUGGACUCAAUCCCGCUCAAUAAGCAGUCCGCACCGAUACCCGUCCACCGGGGCGACAAAGCACCGCAGCCCACGGACGUAGCGGAACUUCAUGUGCCUCUGGCAGAUCGACGGAAACUCGAAAAGAAGCUCGAAAUGGCCGCUGGUGGCCACGUCUCUCCUGUCUGGCUCUGGGACGAAAUCGAUAAGGAGGAAGUCGCAACUUUCCGCGAUCAGUCACGUUGGAGACGCUAUGCAGAACACGAAUUGUUCACACUUUUUCACUACAAGCAAAACGAACCAAGUGAUGGCCGAGAUCUCCGCAAGACCUGGGCUGACUACUACCUGUUGAACAAAGCGUUUGCGGAAGCGAUUAUUAACGUGUACACGCCCGGCGACAUCAUUCUCAUUCACGACUAUCAUCUUCUCCUUCUACCCAGCUUACUCAGACAGCGUCUGCCAAAUGUUUACAUUGGCUUCUUCUUGCACGUGCCCUUCCCAAGUAGCGAGUAUUACAGGUGUUUGACUCGCCGCAAAGAAAUACUGGAGGGCGUUCUCGGCUCGAACAUGAUCGGUUUCCAAGCAUACAGCUAUGCCCGUCAUUUCUCUUCAUGCUGUACGCGGAUUCUUGGAUUCGACUCCUCUUCCGCCGGUGUCGACGCUUAUGGAGCGCAUGUCCCGGUCGAUGUCUUCCCUAUUGGCAUAAAUGCAGAGGCAACUAUCAAGACUGCGUUCGAAUCUCCGGAUGUGGACCUCAAGAUGCAAUCUCUCCGCGAACAGUACCAGGGCAAGCAGAUCAUCGUCGGCCGUGACCGCUUGGACACAGUCCGAGGUGUGGCUCAGAAGCUCCAGGCUUUUGAGAUUUUCCUGGAGCGACAUCCAGACAUGCACGACAAAGUCGUCCUCAUCCAGGUCACGAGCCCCACUAGUAUUGAGGAUCGCGAUGACAAGGGUGAUAAAACGGCGAACAAGAUAUCAGAACUUGUUGCUAGAAUCAACGGCACAUACGGCUCCUUGAGCUUCACACCGGUUCAGCACUAUCCCCAAUACUUGUCAGAAGACGAGUACUUUGCGCUCCUUCGCAUUGCAGACCUCGGUCUGAUCACGAGUGUUCGCGAUGGCAUGAACACUACUGCCCUCGAAUACGUUGCCUGCCAGCGCGACUUCCACGGGCCCCUGAUUAUUUCCGAGUUUUCCGGUACUGCCGGUUGCCUCGCUGAUGCGAUUCAUAUCAACCCCUGGGACCUUGGCGGGACAGCAGACGAGAUUUACGCGGCACUUCAAAUGGGCGAGGCUGAGAAGAGACAACAGCAUCAACUACUCUACCAGCACGUGACACAGAACACGGUGCAACACUGGACCACCAGUUAUAUCAAACGUCUCCUCACCAAUCUCGCGUCCUACGACCAGUCGUUUGCCACGCCUGUCCUGGAUCGUGCGAAGCUGCUGCAGCAAUAUCGCAACUCCACUCGCCGCCUCUUCAUGUUCGACUAUGAUGGCACGCUUACGCCUAUCGUGCGCGAUCCGAACGCCGCGAUACCAUCGGAUAAAGUCAUUCGAUCACUGAAGACGCUCGCGUCGGACCCGUUGAAUCAAGUGUGGAUUAUCAGUGGACGUGACCAAGCAUUCCUUGACGAGUGGAUGGGGCACAUUUCCGAGCUUGGCCUCUCUGCUGAGCAUGGGUCUUUCAUGCGGCCCCCGAAUUCGAGUGAGUGGGAGAAUCUAACGGUGACGUUGGAUAUGUCAUGGCAAAGCGAGGUCAUGCGUGUCUUCAAUCACUACUCGGAGCGGACGCAGGGCAGCUUUAUCGAACGCAAGAAGAUCGCCUUGACCUGGCACUACCGACGCGCUGACCCAGAGUAUGGAGCGUUCAUGGCGCGGGAAUGUCAGAAGCAUCUGCAGAACACGGUGGCGAAGGAGUGGGAAGUGGAGGUCAUGACUGGCAAGGCUAAUCUGGAAGUGCGCCCACGCUUUGUGAACAAGGGCGAGAUUGCCAAGCGAUUAGUCCGCGAGUAUGGUGAAGCCACGCACGAGGCACCGGACUUUGUUCUGUGCGCCGGCGAUGACUUCACAGAUGAAGACAUGUUCCGCACACUCCGUCAAUCCAAGUUGCCUGAAGGCCACCGCUUCGCCGUCACGGUCGGUGCUAAAACCAAGCAGACACUCGCUUCGUGGCAUCUUCUGGAGCCCUCGGACGUGAUUUCCUGCAUUGGGCUGUUGAAUGGCAGUGUCGAUGCUGGUAAUGCGGGCGCUGUGGCGGCUGUUGACGGCGCCAUCCCGGAUUCGAGGCCUGUCUUGUAAUGACGAUGUUCAACAGGAGGUUCAUGUAGGGAGUCGAGGCGGGAAGAAAUGGCAACUUCGAAUACAUACCUUAACGGUGGAAUACGAUUGUUAGACGCGUCGCACGCAUAGAUAGAGAGAACGAGUAGACGAUGUGCCCGACAGACAGGACCAGACAGACUUGGAAUGCCCUCUCCUUUCCUG